AUGAUGGAAGCGGACGCUGCAGUGGACGACGACCUAAUGCAUGGACCAGGAGCAGGCUACCUCUGGGUCGUAUCGCCACCCACGGCAAACAAUGACGACACCCCCCAGCGUUUUUGGUUUGAAAUCACAACGUUUUGCCUACAGUGGCGGGUCUCGCCACGCUCAGAACAACACGCAGCCAACUGUCUCCUACUCACCGACGUCACGCAAGUCGCACCCGUCGGCUCGACAAACUUGCGCGUCGCCUCCUUGUCGUCGACACUCUUGCUGAAAGCGCCAACCCGCGACGUCCGCAACAUGUGGCUACGAAGCGUGGGCGAUGCUGUGUUUUGCUCUGGCCGUCCUCCCGGUGCCACUCCUGCAGACAUGUUGCACGAGUGCAUGAGCAAGGGCGAUACAGCGUACUUGCGCCACAUUCUAUCGACCCACGCAUCGUUGGCCGCAUCUGUCGACGACGACGGCAACUCUCUUCUUCUACAAGCAUGCAAAGGCGGUGCAUCGGUUGACGUCCAUUACACGUUGCUGCAAUAUGGCGUCGAUCCCAGUGCUGUCAACUUGGAAGACGAAUCGCCGCUCGUUCUCGUGGCCGCGUCCGGCGCCGUGGACCUCAUUCGCCUCUUUGUGGAAUCUGGACGAGUGCAUGUAAACCAACGGUGCGCCAGCGGCAUCACCGCCGUCCUCGCCGCGGCGUCCACGGGCCAAACCCUCUGCCUUCAACUGCUCGUCGACUAUGGCGGCGACGUCGGCACCGUUGACGACCGAGGGUGGUCGGCCCUGCAUUACGCGGCGGCGUGCCCCCGAGGCGUCCAUGCUGUCACGUGGCUGUGCGAAAUGGCGCCGUCCCUCGUCCACUCGCCGGCGCACCACGACGGACACACGCCGCUGCAUGUUGCCGCGCGCUUUGGCUACGACGACAUCGUGUACGUCCUGCUGCAGUUUGGCGCGUCGGUCGAGUGUACGAACCACGACCUGGACACGCCACUGCACGUGGCGAUGGCCCACCGACACGCAGCCACCACGGCCAUGCUUCAAGCGAUGGCUUUUCCAUCUUUGGUAGAUGGAGACAACACCCAAGAACAUUGGGGCGUGCCAUACUACGAAGAAGAGCAAAAAAGUGCGACGACGAUGGACAGCCAGCCAAAUUCCGUGGAUGAAACCAUCGCCCAUGCGUGGGUGGCGUGCACAACGGAGGAUGGACAAGCGUACUUUUAUAACACGGUCACGUUCGAAUCGGUGUGGGAACUGCCCGAGGAUGCAUCUGCGACACUGCAGCAUCAGGACGGGGUCGUCUCGGAAGAUGGACAUGGGCACGGCCCUGGCGGACACGGAGAUGAGCAGCUUCUGCUACCCAUCUGCAUGGUCCCGACGAUCUGUCCGUUGUACGAAAUGGACAACCCCGAUGUCCACGCGAAGGAGAUGCUGCGGCGGAAGAAAGAGCGAGAGACGCGACGAAGUAGUCGAAGCAAGCUGAUCGUGCCCAGAAGCGAUAAGCCAAAGUAAAGACAUUGGAAUCGAAAGGAAAG